GAGGAGGAGGAGGAGGAGCCGCCGCCGCCGCCACCGCCCCCCCCCCAGCCCCGCGGGAACCUUACCCUAAAGACUUCAUUUUCCGGGCAUUAUGAGAGCCGCUGGCUUUCGAGCUGGAGGGAAGGUGGAGGGCUGACCUCACUUUGCUGCUUAGGGAGAACCUUUGGAAACGAGCCCGGAGCUGAAAGCCUUCCCUCCUCAUGGAUGCGCAAAGUAUUCGGAGGCGAAGCAGUAAGAAAAAGGCACCCAGAUCAUCUACACAGGACUUGAAUGCUGCCCUCAGUGAAUGUAUGGCAGCUGUGGAUCUUUUUCUAAAUAACAAGUUCCAAGAUGCCCUUGUUUCUCUACAAGCUAAAACAAACGACAGUAUGUAUCAUGCAUUGACUUAUGCCACCAUAUUGGAAAUGCAAGCCAUGAUGACCUUUGACUCUCGGGACAUACUGAAUGCUGGAAAUACAAUGAAAGAAGCUCAAGCCAUAUGUCAGAAGUUUCGGAAGAAAUCCACUGUAGCAGAUUCCUUCAGCAACUUAGUGCACAGACACAAUCAAUUAACUGAAGAGGAAAUUCAUGCAGAAAUUUGCUAUGCUGAAUGCUUGCUUCAGAGAGCUGCUCUUACAUUCCUACAGGAUGAAAACAUGGUUAGCUUUAUCAAAGGCAGCAUCAAAGUCAGAAACAGCUAUCAAACAUACAGGGAGCUGGAGAGUGUAAUAAAUUCUCCCAACUAUGUUAAAGGAGAAAAUCAUCCCCAUUUUGAAGGUGGCGUAAAGCUGGGAGUUGGAGCAUUUAAUCUGGCAUUAUCUCUGUUACCAACAAGAAUUGUACGAUUACUGGAGUUUGUUGGGUUUUCUGGAAAUAAGGAACAUGGUCUGCGGCAGCUACAAGAGGGCGCCUCAGUGUACAGCUUUAGGUCCGUGUUGUGUACUAUGCUACUACUGUGUUAUCAUACCUUCAUGACUUUUGUGCUAGGGACAGGAAAAGGAAAUGUUGAAGAAGCAGAGAAACUUCUUAAGCCUUACUUGGCUCGAUACCCAAAAGGAGCCAUAUUCCUGUUUUUUGCAGGAAGAAUAGAAACAAUAAGAGGCAAUAUUGAUGGGGCCAUCAGAAGGUUUGAAGAGUGUUGUGAAAACCAGCAGCAUUGGAAGGAGUUCCAUCACAUGUGCUACUGGGAGCUCAUGUGGUGCUUCACCUACAAACGUCAGUGGAAGGUGGCAUACUUCUAUGCAGACCUGCUGAGCAAAGAGAACACCUGGUCAAAAGCUACAUACGUAUAUAUGAAAGCAGCCUAUCUCUGUAUGUUUGGACCAGAGGAUUAUAAGCCCUUUGGGGAUGAUGAAGUUGCACUAUUUAGGGCUGUGCCUAGUUUGAAACUGAAAAUAGCAGGAAAGUCCCUCCCUACAGAAAAGUUUGCAAUUCGGAAAUCUCGCCGAUACCUGUCCCCAAGUCCCGUUCCACUUCCUGUGCCUGUUUUGGAAAUGAUGUAUGUCUGGAAUGGCUAUGCAGUGAUUGGGAAGUGUCCUGACCUGACUGAAGGAAUGCUGAAGUCUUUGGCAGAUGCAGAAGCAGCUCUGGACAGGAGCCCAGCUACAGAUCUGCUCGUUGAUGAUCAGUGUGUGAUCAAGUUAUUAAAAGGGUUGUGCUUGAAAUACCUCGGCAAAAUUCCAGAAGCAGAAGACCACUUUCUUUACAUUCACUUAAAUGAAAAGAAGAUCAAGUAUGAUCAUUACUUAAUUCCAAACGCCCUCCUUGAACUUGCUUUAUUAUACCUGGACCAAGACAGAAGAGAAGAUGCUGUAAAGUUCCUGGAGAGAGUGAAGCAAAAUUAUAAGAAUUAUUCCAUGGAAACAAGAACACACUUCAGAAUUCAAGCUGCUUUGCACCAAGCCAAAUCUUCUCCAGAAAAUGGUAUUCAUUCUGUAGAAGCUGAGGUUUCAUAAUUUUGCCUUAUUUUUAAGAGAUCUUGUUUGGUAUACAAACUUUCACAACAGGACAUUACUGGCAAUACUUUAAGAUGGUUUGUACUGUCAAGUUUAGCACUGUCAAUCUAUUUAAUUUAAAAAUACUGAGGAAUUAACACUAAAAACUAGCAUUUCUUCCCCCCAGGCUGUUUAUAUUUACAAAUGUGACUUUAUUUGGUAUAAGCUUUUUUUUUAAGUUUACAUAUUUGUUAAGUUGGCAAAGAAUAUUAAAUCUACCAAUCUAUGAAAUCUCGAGUUGUUCACGAUACCUGGCUCACAUUUGGUUAUGAAUGUAAAUUUUAUGUUUACACGGACAAUAAUUUUUUAAAAGACUAUUUUUAUGAGGUAACCAUUUUCCUGUUUUAGUGAUGGAACAGCCAAAUGAUAAUAAUUGAUUUGGUUUUAAUGAGACAGUGUACUGGUUUUUUCAGUUUCUCUCUUGUAAAAUCUUUUAGUUUGGUAAUAUUCAAGCUGCCAACAAAUUACUAAUGUAGACAAAAUUCAGCUACAUCAUGUUGGUGCCUGCUAGUUUGGGGCAGAUAUCAGUGUUACAAUAGCCAAACCAUUGUUAAUAAACCCGAACCUCCCUUUCUGAAGCAAAAGCCAUGUUUAGAUUGUGUGAAAAGAAUGGGAGUGUUUGAAGUUUGUUUUCCUUGUUUUUGCUGAGCAGUACACACUUAAUCUGAUCCCUCCCCCCCCCAAAGUGGCAUAUGACUUAGAUCAGGGAUAGUCAACGUGGUGCCUUCCAACGAUUGUAUUCUAGUUCUCAUCAGCCUCAGCCAGUACGGUGAGGAAUGAUAGCAGUUGUAGUCCAGCAACAUCUGGGCACCAAGUUGGUUAUUGCUGAUUAAUAUUAAACCAUAGGCAUUGUGAACAUUGAUAAACUAUUUUACAGAGCCAGAUAUUUUGAACUAGAGCAUGACCAGUAUGGAUUAGCUACUGCAUUUUGGAGAGUGUUACAUGUGCAGUCCUUCAUCCUUAUCUAACUGCUGGAACUAUGAGUGUAGCCCUGUUAGAAAUUUAGAGAGCACCAGCUGUUUGGCAGAUGGCUGGAUUCACUUUUCCCUUCUUAUCAAAAUAGCUGAUUGGCUGUUUCAUUGGCAUGACUGUUGCUCUUCUGAAAGGAUUACACCCAUGUACGAGCCACUUUACAGUGCUAGUGCAGAGUAGGAUUGGUGCCUAGCUGUUGUAGGAAGUCGCCUAUUUCCUGGAACAGAGUUAGAAGCUACCUUGCAAAAACGAAGUUCCCUCUGUAGAUAUAAGGUGGGAGAGAUUUCACACAUUCCAUUGUGCUGCAAAGGGAUAAUUUGUUACUGCUAAUCUGUCACCUGCAGGGCGCCUUUUGGAGUAUGGCAAAUAGAUCUGUGCCAUUUCAAAUUUCACCUUUCUCAUGACUCAUGCGACUUUUUCCAGUGGAAAACUAAUGUAUACCAGAGAACCCUUUCCCUCAAUAGGAAAAAUUAGCCAUUCCUCAGUACAAUAUACUAAAGACUGUUUAUCUUGGGUGCAGAAUAUAUGUAUAGUGCAACUAUAAAACGCAGAAGAUCAGCUAGCUAUUUGUUGCAUUUUGGCUGUAAUAUUAAACAGUGUU